CGCCCCAUCGCACGGACCGCCGGUGCGGCGGGCAUGGCGUCCGGGAGCCGGCCCUGGGGGGCCCUGCUGCUGCUGCUGCCGCCGCUGCUGCUGGUGCCGGCGGCGUGCCGGGCGGGCGGCGGGUGCGCGGGGGAAGGCGGCCCGCUGGAGCCCUUCGACGCGCUGUACGCCAGCGGCGUGGAGGCGUACUACGGCGGCGACUUCGCGGGCGCGGCGCGGUGCCUGGAGCGGGCGCUGCGCAGCCGGCGGGAGCUGCGGGCCGCGCGGUUGCGGUGCCGGCGGCGCUGCCGCGGGCAGGUGCGGUUGGCGGCGCCGGGUCCGGGCGCCGGCGGCGACCUGCCCUUCUUCGGCUCGGUGCUGCGGCGCGCCGGCUGCGUGCGGCGCUGCGAGGAACCGCGCCUGGGAGCCGCCUCCCGCCACCGCGCCGCCGAGGAGGUGCGCGCCGACUUCCAGCGCAGGGUGCCCUACAGCUACCUGCAGCGCGCCUACAUCCAGCUGAACAAGUUGGACGAGGCAGCAAAUGCAGCUCACACCUUCUUCAUGGCAAACCCUGAGCACAUGGAGAUACAGCAGGACAUUGAGAACUACAAAACUACAGCAGGGAAGGUCAGCUUGGUCGACCGGGAGGCCAAGCAGCACAUGGAGGACUACAGUGCUGGAGUAAGGCACUACGAUAAGGAGGAGUAUGAGCUGGCCAUUGACUUCUUGGAGCGCGCAUUGAAAGGGUACUACUCCGAAGAUGAAGAUUGCCAGAUCAUGUGCGAGGGCCCGCAGAGAUUUGAGGAGCACGAGUACCUGGAAUAUAAGGCUGGCCUCUACGAAGCUAUUGCAGAUCACUACAUGCAAGUCCUGGCCUGCAAACAUGACUGUGUCCGAGAACUUGCCACACGUUCGGGCCGGAUCUCGCCCAUCGAAAAUUUCCUUCCCCUCCAUUACGACUACUUACAGUUUGCUUAUUACAGAGUCGGUGACUAUGUAAAAGCCCUGGAGUGUGCCAAGUCCUACCUCCUCUUCCACCCGGACGAUGAAGAUGUCUUGGAAAAUGCAGGUUAUUACGAGGGCCUGUUGGAAGGUACAAUGGAUCCAGACACCAUCAAACCCAGGAAGGAAGCAAAAAUGCUGCUGCGGCGCCAUAAGCUGGAGUCUCACCUCUUGCAGGUGGCUGCGGCCGGCCUCGGGUACACCUACACAGAACCGAACUACUGGAACAGGUACGGCGCCCGCCAGGAUGAGCACAGUGUUCCAUCAAGUAUUAGCAGUGAACCAGAGGAUGGUCCCCGGCUGUCCCUGGCAAAGAAACCCAUGCCAAAACCAGAUCGAGAGUUGAAAGAGGGAGGUCCGCUUCUCUACAGCGAUGUGAAGUUUGUCUACAACUCGCAGCAGCUGAAUGGCACCCAGCGAGUGCUACUGGAUAACGUCAUCUCAGAGGAGCAGUGUCGAGAGCUUCACAGGGUGGCCAGUGGGAUCAUGUUGGCUGGAGACGGUUACAGGGGCAAAACCUCCCCCCACACCCCGAACGAGAGAUUUGAAGGAGCCACCGUCCUCAAAGCCCUCAAGUACGGCUAUGAGGGCCGUGUCCCGUUGAAGAGCGCCCGGCUCUUCUACGACAUCAGCGAGAAGGCUCGCAGGAUCGUCGAGUCCUACUUCAUGCUGAACUCCACGCUCUACUUCUCCUACACCCACCUAGUGUGCCGCACCGCCCUCUCUGGCCAGCAGGAGAGGAGGAAUGACCUGAGCCACCCCAUCCAUGCUGACAAUUGCCUCUUGGACCCUGAGGCCAACGAGUGCUGGAAGGAGCCUCCUGCCUAUACCUUUCGAGAUUACAGUGCCCUCCUGUACAUGAACGCAGAUUUUGAAGGAGGCGAGUUCAUUUUCACCGAGAUGGAUGCCAAAACUGUGACGGCCUCCAUCAAGCCCAAGUGUGGGCGAAUGAUCAGCUUCUCGUCGGGCGGUGAGAACCCCCAUGGAGUGAAGGCGGUUACCAAAGGCCAACGGUGUGCUGUGGCUCUCUGGUUCACCUUGGACCCGCUUUACAGAGAGCUGGAACGAAUCCAGGCAGAUGAAGUGAUCGCGAUGUUGGACCAGGAGCAUCUAGGACCCAGCGAAAUGAACAUCAACCCAAAGGAUGAGCUAUGAACUAGGACAAAGACUUUUUCUAUCAAAUAUUUAUUUAAUAUUGUUAAUCUUAUUAGAACCCUUCUAUUUUUGUACAGAGCCGCUGUAUAAAUUAACAAGUUAAUAUGAUUGUGGAAUGUCAGGAGUGCCUCUUCUGUGUUUAGCCCAGCUCUUGCUGGGACCCCUUAUCUCUGUGCCAGCAUCUCCUGCUGCGACUGACUCUGCCUCUGGGAUUCCCUGUCCUUCCCUAGCACUUCUCAGGACUUAUUCAGGCCCACUGUACCCCCUUGGAGAACCCCUUUUUUUCUUCCUCAGCCAGAAAUAGCUGCUUCUCUUCAGACUCUGCUAGAGAAAUGCCUCAGGUGUGAUAACAGACCAGUCUUCCUGCCCCCGCUAAGUGCUGGCUGAAGGCCCGGGCAGUGCUGCCCUGGGGAAACCUGGAGCACAAGUAGCACAAGUCAGUUAUUUCCAUCUUAGAGCCCUUCACCAUUUGAAAUAUGCUUUUUAGGGGAAAAAAAAAAAAAGCAAAACGCAGGUCCUAGAAAAAUGCAUCUCUCUCUGUAGCUGUACAAAGCUGACGUUUGGGCAUUAAUUCUUAGCAGAGCUUCCAGAAAUCACCUGCUGGGCAGGGGCUUGAGCUGUGCAUGGGCAAGAAGGGGUUUGAUUUGCAGCUGGCUCUGGUGAAAUAGGGUCUGUCACUCAUGUUCAGUCCCUGCUCUUGCUAAUGGCUUGGGAUGCAUGAAAGAAACUGCUUCACAGUGCAUCCUUUGAGCUUCCAGCCCAGUGCUGCUCCUGGAAAAAAACAAGGUUAGAAUUCAUCAUUUCCAGGUCCAUGUUGGAAAGCAGCUGAAAGGCUCAGGGAUGUUACAGUGCCACGGUGUUGGGUGAUCAUGGAGCAGCUUUGUACUCUGGAAGUCCUGGCUGUAUCCUCCCAUCCUGACAGUGCAGGAGCACGUGUUCAUGGUGUGUUAGUACGUAUUAUUUCCUCAGUAUUUCUGAUCCAGUCUGAGGGUGUUGCAGUGAAAGUACAUGCUGCUUAUCGUAAGAGAUUUACUAUGCCAGUAACUGCUGCUAAGCUAGUACAUCAUCCCUCUCCCACCAUUGAAUUAACUCUGGCACCUUAGACCUUCAGACUUGCUGUGCCAGUGCCUUGCUUGGCUGUGCUUGAGAAGCUGCACCUACCCCUUUGUGUGUGGGAUCAGAGCAGCCCCUACCUCAGUCAGAACUAACACUGAAGUCACAGAACUGCCCACAUCCCACAGCCCAGACACAGGGACAGCUUUUAUCUUGACCCAACAGCUGCUUCUGCUGCUAGAAGGCAGUUCCUAAAAGGCAGGUUGCAGCAAUCUUUGCUGGUGAAUUUAUUGCAAGGCUGCUGUCUUUCCAGAAAGCACUGCAGGGAGCUUGGCUGGCAUUUGCAUCCCUGAGCGGCUUUUCUCAGCUCGCUGCUGCACUGCAACUUUCUCAGUCCUUUUCUGCUCCCCUCUGCCAGCUUUGGCAUUUCCAGGACUUAAAAUCUGCAAUAGGGAAUUGUCUUUUCUCUUUGUUCAUGCAGCUUGUGCCUACCCAAAUCUUCCAGGCUCAUAAGAACUCUCUUCUUAUCCAGUCACUGGCUGCAAAGGCCGCAGACAAGGAUGGUCCUUCUGUAGAGAUCUCCUCAAAAGCUGAUCCUGGGUGAGAUAAAGGGGAUCUCGGUGCAUCUGGAAAACCAAAUGCCCAGACUGUGAAGGGGGCACCAUUACUGCCUAGAAAAUGAUGAAAGGGUCAUUUGCUGCACCUCCUCCAAUGUGGAAUCUGCAGGGGAGAAAGCUCUGAGUGUUUCUAAGCCACCAGUGUAGCUUGUUUCUUGGAGGUUGUAUCUCCCUUCCUCAUAGACUGUUGAAAAGAUUCAUUGUGUUGGCUCCCCAAAGAACUGCCCACAGGUCUCUGCUUUCAGAGACCCUUUCCUGCUUAAAAACACACCUUUUUUUAAAUAGCCGGAGGAAAAGCUGGAGGGAAGAAGUGGAGGGCAGCAGGAGAGCUGAAAUGCCAGUUGUGUUGUCCCCCGUCUGCACCACGCUAUUGCAUCCAAGGCUUGACUCCUACAUGCCGCACCUUCAGCGUGAGUUUGUGCUGCCAUCCCCCUGACAGCCACAUCUGCCUGAGCACAUCCUGCAGAGCUGCCCCCUCUCCAAGCAGCUCGGUGCAGACCCUGCCCUCCCAGGGGCUGUGGGGAUCCCACCAGCAGGUCCUCCUGCGGGAAAGUGGGAGGGGGCAUGGCGGGUAGUGGUUUGUUUGCUGCUGUGGUGGUUAGCCAGAGCUGUGUCUAAAUCCAGGGGAAAUAAACUAAACACAACA